CAUACUUUCUUCCCUUUUUUCUCCCAAAAAUGUGCCAAAACAAACCUCCAAUAAGCCCAACAGUGCCCCUAGGGGCGGUGGCCGCUGAACCACCAGUGCCGGUGGUGCCAACACCCCCAGGACCAGCUUCAUAUUCAUUCCCUCCAUUUCCAAACCAUCUUCCUCAAGGCGAGUGGUCCUCCGGCCUCUGCGAUUGUCUCGAUGAUCCCUCUAUUUGUGUUGCCACUGCUUUCCUUCCAUGCGUCACCAUGGGGAAGAUUGCCCAUAUGGUUGACAGAGGGACUAUAUCUUGUUUUGCGGCGAGCAUGAUAUACAUAGCGCUGGGAUAUGCUGGGUGUGCCUCGAUGUAUGGAUGCACAUAUAGGACCAAAUUGAGGGGUCUGUUUGGAUUGCCAGAAGGUUCAAUUCCGGAUGGAUUGGUUCACUGUCUUUGCUGUUUUUGUGCACUUUGUCAAGACUACAGGGAACUCAAGAACCGUGGCGCUGAUCCCUCCCUUGGUUGGGAAGCCAAUGUAGAGAAGUGGAAUCAAGAAGGAAUUACUGCACCACCAGUGGUAGAACCAGGGAUGGCUCGUUAGGCCUUGCCUCUUCUCCCUCCUCCAAAUUUCUCUACGUAUUUGUCUGUUCAUUUACUUUCUCAUCCUUAUUUUGUUGUGUGACAAUUUUAAAAAACUAUAUCAAUAAAUGUAAUGCCUUGUUAAAGUUUUACCAAGUAAAUAAGUAAAUAAUACUACUAAAUUACAUAGUGAUAUCAA